UCGGUUUGUCCCUCAAUAGACCUACCUGUGGCUUGAACUCACACAAGAUUGAAACGAUAGCAGGUUGAUGGUGCAGGAGAGGGUUCUCUUGUCUUGACUUUUUGUUCCAAAGUGUUUGCAGUGAGAUGACCCGAACCUCAAGAUGUGCAUGCAGUUGACACUCAAACAGCUUUGACGUCACAUGUGUGUGUUCCUCUUGUGCCCUGCCAGCUUCCCCUAACACCUGUGGUUACUUGAAGAGAAGAAUGAAGUUUUUGGUAGUUGUGGCUGCUGCUCUGGCAGUGGCGAGCGCCGCUAGCCUUUCAUUGGAGGACCGGGAGUUCCAUGCCUGGAAACUGACGUUUGGUAAGAGGUGCAUCUCUAGCCUAUUUCAUGAAAAUGAGGAGUACAGACGCAUCAUCUCCCAGCGCUGCCUGGGCUCCUUCAAUGCCUUCAAGCCCAGUGGCGGCUCUACCUUCUUACCCAUGCUUGGGGACAAUGAUCUGCCCACCACCAUGGACUGGAGGGACAAGGGCUAUGUCACCUCCAUCAAGGAUCAGAAGGAUUGUGGCUCCUGCUGGGCUUUCAGCACGACUGGCUCUCUGGAAGGCCAGCACUACAGGAAGACCAAUAAGCUGGUGUCCCUCAGUGAGCAGCAGCUGGUUGACAGCUCCGGCAAGAUCGGCAACAUGGGCUGCAUGGGCGGUCUCAUGGACCAGGCCUUCGAGUACAUCAAGUCCUUGGCCCCUGGAGGCCUGGACACUGAGGACUCCUAUGCCUACCAUGCUGAGGACAAGAAGUGCCACUACAAGCCAGACAGUCUGGGUGCCACCUGCACCGGCAUUUAUGUAGGUGUCUAUGAUGAGCCAGACUGCAGCAGCGAUCAGCUGGAUCACGGUGUGCUGGCUGUGGGCUAUGGCACUAGUGAUGAUGGCCAGGACUACUGGCUGGUGAAGAACAGCUGGGGCUUUGACUGGGGAGAUAAGGGCUACAUAAUGAUGUCCAGGAAUAAGCACAACCAGUGUGGCAUCGCCACGGCUUCCAGCUACCCCCUGGUCUAAGGUGGGGCUCUCUAAGUAAAGGCAGAGAAGAGGAGAGUUGACCUGACUGUGAGGCUGAGACAGGGACACACACGGCAGGUAGCAACCGAGCAACACUCUGACACUGAAACUCAGCGCACAGUCAUCCAUCACCACGGCAACGCUACCUGUCAGAGCCCGCAGCCUGGAGACUUCAGGGCGGGGGCAGAUGGGAGGGGGGAUGCAGCCCCUAAUGUUCCAGCGGCAUGGCCGGAACCACAGUAAGACAGGGGCAGGAGGUACAGUAUGUGCACUGACACACAUUGAAUAUAUUGUUUUAAACAACUCAGGUAUUUCAGCAGUACAUUUUACUACUAUAAUUACAAAUGGUAGCACAUAGUGACUCUUUCCAAGUUGUCCUAUUUAAGCAGAUGGAGAAUGAUGAUGUGGUAUUUAUAGCCACAUUGAUAUAUAUAUAUAGCAUUUGGGUGUACCAAUAAAUGUAUGUCAAAUUUAUACAUUUCUGAGGGAAAAAUAUUGAAAUGUAGUGUUCAGCAGUUAUCAAACUAUACACGUUACAGUAACUAGGCACUACAUAAUUUUGAUUCAGUAUUUAGCAGUUUUGAGCAGGUUGAUUAUUGUAUAGGUAUUUUUAUUUUUAACAAAUCACAAGAAAAUCGUGUGAAAAGUAAAGUGAAUAUUGCAUGUUAAAAGCAAAUACUUAGAUUGAAUAUGUAUCCAAAUUGAAAGAGUGAACAAGGGACUUUAUUAAUUUGUUUGUUGUACUUAGAAAUAUGAGUCAUUUGUUGAUGUGUUUAGAUUUUUGUGAAAAUGUACCACAUACAGUUGAAGUCGGAAGUUUACAUACACUUAGGUUGGAGUCAUUAAAACUCGUUUUUCAACCACCCCACAAAUGUCUU